UCAUUAGUAUUCAGAAAACAAUCUUUAUACAUUCAACAACAAUAAUAGAAUAAUUAUCCUCAACCUCCUUCUAAGCACUUUGAUGACUAACCAAUAAACUCACUUUUUCUUUUCCUCUAAAUUUACCAUCAAGUUGUAAAGGUGGAAACUUUCCCUCGGUUUCCCUCAUGUUCUCACUUCUUACCACUCCCACUGUUCUAUUUUUUUUUUUUUCUCUCUUGCUCACUUUUUUCCUUGUCCUCACUAACUUCUAAUGGAGUCAAAGGUAAAAGUGUAAAUUUACGUCCAUCUUUAACAACAGAAUAUUUGUUAGUCUUGCUUAUAUGUCAUAUUGUCUAUAUCAGCCUAGAAGCAAAUGACAAGCUUGGUGUGAACCUAAUCAUAAUACUUACCAAUCCUGAACUUGAUCAUUACUAUCUUGGUUGAGUUUCCCAUAAUUGUUCAACCAUUAGAGUCUAUAUGGUGUAAGAUGUUUCUUUGUACGCAGUUAAAUUCCUCUACCAAACACUUGUCAUACUUGCACAACUUCCACUAUCAGUGAUCACUGAGAAAAUAUCUCCCAUAAUCUUGCAUCUAGCAUCAAAAGAUUUUCUCUUUGACCUUGAUCUUGUACUUCCUUAGCUAAGGCUCCCAUAAGUCUCCUUACACCAAAUAGCACUUCGGUCCAUCUUCUUCCCGCUCUCCAUGUUCACCUUCACUUUCUUCUCCAACAUCUUCACCAUGACCACUAUCUCCUGUUUGAUAAUCCCCAUUAUCCAUGUUAAUGAUAAUUCUACAAUUUGGGCAAUCCCGCAUGUAAUAUCCUAAGUCAUGGAAUUUAUCAGGGGCGGGUCUACAAUAGCGGAUGUGGAUUCUCGGGAACCCCCACCCGCUACCGUAGAUUCUGUAAAUAUAUUGAUAAAUAUAUUAAUAGUAUAAGAAUUUUAAGAUGGGAAUCCACAACUAAAUGAGUGGUUGGUUCCACAGCAAAGAGGGACCCAUCAAAUGCUCGUCGUCCAGCAUAUACGGGAUUGAUUCCCGCUACACCCGUCCUUUUAAUUCAAUUCGCUUUCCAAUUAAAAAUUUCUGUUCUUCUUUGGUUCUUCCAGCUACCAUCCCACUCCCCACCAGUCUGACAGGGAUCCUUCAACGAUAUGAAAGCCAUGUCGAAGCAGAAAAAGAGAUCUCUGCAGAAAUCCAGGUCGCAGAGAACUCUAAGUACUCAAGGUUCAUGACAAUGGGAGAACUGUUACAAACAACAGGAAGGCAACUUGAGGAAGCUAGUGCUGAUGAUCUCACUGUGACUGACCUUUCCCAUUUGGAAAACGAACUUCAAAGUGCUCUAACACAAACCAGAUCUAGAAAGACGCAUUUGAUGCUUGAAUCUGUUAAGGGUCUUCAUGAGAAGGAAAAACUGCUGCGAGAGGAAAACAAACUUCUGGAGGACAAUAUAGCUAGGAUCAAGAAAAACAGGAAAGUGAAUGAGAUGUCUACGGAUUCCACUGACCUUCCACCACCCCACGUAAUUUGCGUACAACAGAGAGUGACCCUCAAUUUUCUCCAGUGAUUAUCGUUGCAUUUGUGAAAUAGCCUUGCAGAGCCCUGGGUGAUUUACCUGAUAAAGGGUUAAGUGGCUCCUGUAUUCAGUAUCAUGUUGUACAUGAAAGUAAGAAAUAACUAACAAUGUUGUGCAGUUUCAGUAAAAACUAAUUGCUCAUAUGUAUGACCGCGUAAUUAAAAAGGUGAAGAUGAACUGCUGCCCUCCAGUUUGUGUUUUAUGCAUUCAGUGUUUUCGUUGUG